AUGACAGUCAGCAACAUGGCAGUCAGCAACAUGACAGACAGCAACAUGACAGUCAGCAACAUGACAGUCAGCAACAUAACAGUCAGCAACAUAACAGUCAGCAACAUGACAGACAGCAACAUGGCAGACAGCAACAUGGCAGUCAGCAACAUAACAGUCAGCAACAUGAGAGUCAGCAACAUGACAGACAGCAACAUGACAGACAGCAACAUGACAGUCAGCAACAUAACAGUCAGCAACAUGAGAGUCAGCAACAUGACAGACAGCAACAUGGCAGACAGCAACAUGACAGUCAGCAACAUGACAGACAGCAACAUGGCAGUCAGCAACAUGACAGUCAGCAACAUGAGAGUCAGCAACAUGACAGACAGCAACAUAACAGUCAGCAACAUGGCAGUCAGCAACAUGACAGUCAGCAACAUGACAGACAGCAACAUAACAGUCAGCAACAUAACAGUCAGCAACAUGACAGACAGCAACAUGACAGACAGCAACAUGACAGUCAGCAACAUGAGAGUCAGCAACAUGACAGACAGCAACAUGACAGACAGCAACAUGACAGUCAGCAACAUGACAGUCAGCAACAUGACAGACAGCAACAUGACAGUCAGCAACAUGACAGACAGCAACAUGACAGUCAGCAACAUGACAGACAGCAACAUGACAGACAGCAACAUGACAGUCAGCAACAUGACAGUCAGCAACAUGACAGUCAGCAACAUGACAGUCAGCAACAUGACAGUCAGCAACAUGACAGACAGCAACAUAACAGACAGCAACAUGACAGUCAGCAACAUGACAGACAGCAACAUGGCAGUCAGCAACAUGACAGACAGCAACAUGACAGUCAGCAACAUGACAGACAGCAACAUGGCAGUCAGCAACAUGACAGACAGCAACAUGGCAGUCAGCAACAUGACAGACAGCAACAUGACAGACAGCAACACGACAGUCAGAAACACGACAGACAGCAACACGACAGUCAGCAACACGACAGUCAGCAACAUGACAGUCAGCAACAUGACAGUCAGCAACAUGACAGUCAGCAACAUGACAGACCAAUAUUGA